CGCUGAUGUCAGUAGGUUCGGUGCUGCAUUUCGUGGUGCAUGGUGUAUUGCUGGGCAGUUCGUUAACUCGGGUCGCUCCUUUUGGCACACACACAUGCAAACCCGCCAGGAAAGAUGUCUAUCGUCAAACUCGGUGUUAUAAUAUCGGCCCUGUUGUUGUGCUUGGUCUCACCGGGACACACAGUGAAAAAGGUAUUUAAAUGUCCUUCAUCAUGCAGCUGUUCCAAGGAGUCUAUUAUUUGCGUUGGGUCUUCGUACGUCCCACGGAUCACCCCGAACGAUGUAAAUUCACUGAGCAUUGUGAACGGAACCUUUUCCGAGAUCAAGGAGGCUAUGUUCGCACACAUGCCGUCUCUACAGUUACUAUUACUUAAUUCAAAUGCCCUUACUACAAUCAGGGAUGAUGCAUUCUCUGGUCUUCCUCACCUGGAAUAUUUAUUUAUUGAAAACAAUAAGAUUGAAAGCACGUCAAAGUAUUCAUUUAGAGGACUGCGAGACCUGACCCAUCUGUCUUUGGCGAAUAACAACAUCAAAGCCUUGCCAAGAGAUCUCUUCACUGAUCUGGAUUCAUUAAUAGAAUUAGACUUGAGGGGCAAUGUGUUUGAGUGCGACUGUCGUGCUAAGUGGCUAAUGAUGUGGCUGAAGCAGACCAAUGCCACUGUGUCGGAUGUCCUCUGUGCUGGCCCUGAGGAGAUGAUGGCUAAAAGGCUGAAUGACAUGGCGAGCCUCCACGAUGAGUGUAUCUCUACAGAUUUCAUUCCACUCCACUCUGUGGCCAUCGAGUCUCUGUCUGUGGAUACGUUUUCCCACAAGAACGAUGUGUAUGUGACCAUCGCCGCUCCUAACAUAGAAAGUUGCAUGGUACUCCAGUGGGACCACAUCGAGAUGAACUUCAGGAGUUACGACAACAUUACAGGCCAGUCCAUCGUUGACUGCAAGUCAGUGAUCAUCCAGAACCAGGUAUUUGUGAUUGUUGCUCAGCUUUUUGGAGGUUCUCAUAUCUAUAAGUUUGAUGAAGACCAAAGCAAAUUCACCAAGUUUCAGGACAUUGAAGUAUCCAAGAUCUCCAAGCCCAAUGACAUUGAAGCCUUUCAGAUCGGUGAGGACUGGUUUUUCAUUAUAGCUGACAGCUCUAAGGCUGGUCUUUCAACCCUCUACAAGUGGAAUGACAAGGGCUUCUAUUCCUACCAAUCCUUGCAUGAGUGGUUCCGUGAUACUGAUGUAGAGUUUGUGAACCUGGAUGGCAAGGCUCACCUCAUUCUGGCCAGUCGUUCUCAAGUUCCUGUCAUUUACCAGUGGAGCAAGAGUGUGCAGAAGUUUGCCUUGCAAGGGGAAAUCCCUAAUAUGGAAGAUGUUGUAGCUGUCAAAGCUUUCUGGAUUAAGGAGGAGCUUUACCUGGCCAUGACACGAUACAUUGGUGACUCCAAGGUCCUUCGCUGGGGUGCGAAGCAUUUCACAGAGGUUCAGGCCCUUCCUUCAAGAGGCUCCAUGAUUCUUCAGCCAUUCUCCUUCAAAGAUCGAGACUACCUCGCUUUAGGCAGUGACUACACUUUCUCACAGGUCUACCUGUGGGAUGCGGAGAAGAAGACCUUUGACCGCUUUAAGGAGGUGUACAUUCAGGCCCCGCGCUCUUUUACUGUGGUCUCCACAGACCGCAGGGACUUCAUCUUCGCAUCCAGCUUCAAGGGCAGCACGCAGAUAUUUGAGCAUGUCAUUAUUGAUCUGAGCCUGUGAGGUUCUUUGUAGACACAGGGUCCAAAUGGCUAAAUCGAGGCAUCUCAGCACCCUCCAGCGUCUUCCAUCCGAAAAAUUUCUAAUAUGCUGGGGGAGGGAGGGUGGUUGAAGUGGACAGGGUUUAUUGGAAAGGAAGUUGUGGUUUUAUCAGGUAUGUAAUGUAAAUUAAAUUCAUUGGUACAUGAUAUUUUGUGCAUUUGUAUAAAGUCAUAAGACUUCACAUUUAUUUAUGAGGACCCUUGCCAUUUGUGUUUUGUUUGUUUCUUUGUUUUUAAAAUAAUCAUGAAUGAUGAACUCUGAGAGCAAAUGUUUCUGUAAUAUCCAAAUCAUUAUCAUAUGUAAAACUAGCAAUAUCUUUAAGCACUUGACAUUUCUGCAGCAGUCAGACUGUGGCAUCAUGCAUGAUACAGAAAAAGAUUUGAAUACUGGCAUGCUAAAAAAAUGAUGUUACCAUAUGAACUACAGGUGACAAAUGAAAUUUGUGCAAAUUCUGUAACAUUCAUUUCAAUAGUAUGUUUGACACAUGCCACUUUAUGGACAUAUACUUGCACUAUUUUUUAAAUCUUAAUUUAUCAUUUUAAUGAAUGUAGGACCUGGUAGUACAUACUAAAUCAUCUAAAACUAAACCACAUAAAAGUAUGUUGAGUCAUGCUUUUAAUACUAACAUGCUUACAUUGCCUUAGGAGUGCUUUGAAUUUUAGUGCAAAGAACGCUCUAGUCUGUAAAUCCUUUCUGCAUAUAUCCACUUCCAUCUUAUAUAUGAACCCACUUGUUUAACUUGAACUCAUUGUGAAUCCCUUUUGACUGUGCAGAAUGGAACAGUGCUUUAAACUGUUGGUAUUCGUGUUUUCAUCUUCCUUGAGAUGCAAUGCUGCGUUACCAUGGGAGAUUCAUUCUCAUCUGGAAUUUGAGUCAUACAAUGGCAUGCUCUCAUUUUAAUUACUAAGAAUUAGAUACUAAUUUCUUUGUCCCUAAUUAAAAUUCUGUUUAAUAACA